AUCUUCAGUCUUCGUUGACAUUUGUGCUUGACCAUAGUCUUCAUUUUUUUGUUUGUAGACGCUCCUUUUCUAACAUCCCAAGACGAUGAUUCUUAUGUGGCGUUUGCUGAUCGUCGCCAACGGGUUGUGUACCCUGGGUGCCGCAUCUCACGCUCCGUUAUCUGAGAAACAGAGGGAGUGUGUUCAUGAAUCUUCGAUUGUGUCUCUUGAAUUAAGUGGAUGUGAUGAUGACAACAGUCCUGAAGCGUCAGUGUCUCACUACACCAUUUCAAACGUAGAAGACGGUCAGCAUCAUCAAAAAAAUAUGCUCAGCCACUCCAAAGAGCAGGAACGGACUUAUGCUACUACAGCAUAUUACAACAGCGACUCAUCGGUGUUAGAUGGUGCAGACUCUACUUGGCACACUGAGAUCAGUCACAGCCAGAAAAAAGUGACAGCCACUACUCGACCGGUCACUCUCACGGCCAUGUCUGACGUAAUCACAGGGUUGUCAGAGCAGUCAAAUUCGACUCUGGGAACGCAUGUAGAAGCUGUGUCCUUUGUCAACAUUAGUGAGGCAGUAACUUCCGAGGAACCACAAGUCUCGAUCCCUGCAGAGAACGCCAAAAAAACAGUGAAACCUGCUGUUGUAAUUGUCAUUUUGAUUUGUGUUAUUAUACUUACAGCAGGAAGCAUUCAAUGUUUUAGAAGGUAUAACAGGCGAGGUGUAGCCGUUAUUACAAGGAUGACUGAGUAACUACGAAUAUCUAGGUUUACAUUUUAUGAGCCUUUGUUAUUCCCUUACUUGCUCUUUCCAUCCUACCCACGUAGCCCUCUCUGCAUCUCUAGGCAACUUGAUACCAAACGCUUCUGUAUACAUCAUCUACUUUACGUUUCUACUCCUAAGAUAAUUACUGGGUAAUAUCUUCUGGCAAAUGAACUAUAGUAAACUGGCCUAUUAAAGUAAUUUGGAAGCUGUUAUCUCAUGUUUAUAAAUGAUUUAGUACAUUUCAAACGUUAGUAAUUAUAAUGUAAUGGUAACAUUAAUUAAAAAAAAUAUUUGUAU